AUGGACAAGAAGACGAGCAAGGAAGUGGCAGAUGUGAAGAGAGAUGCAGCAUUUGAAAUGCCAAAUAUUGUGAAAGAUCGAUUAACACGAUGGGGUGGAGAUCGGCACCAUAAGUAUGGUAAGCAGAUUAUUGAUCUUAAGAAGAAGCAGCAACGACUAAGGGGAUGCACGGACCCGGCUUCGCUUGCUGAGUUUCAAUCCCUGGAACAACUUCUAUGCCGUACUGAAGCCCAGGAGGAUGCCUACUGGAGGCAGAGGGCCAAGCAACACUGGCUCAAGGAGGCCGAUGCCAAUACCAAGUUCUUUCACAGGUACGCCUCUCAUCGUAAAAAGAAGAAUACUAUUGCCAGACUAAUGAAUGAUAAUGGGGAUUGGGUGGAAGGGGAACCCAUGAAUAAUGUUAUUUUGGAAUAUUUCAAUCUUAAAUCGGCCCUGUUUGCAAUGUUUCCUGAUAAGGCACCGGGCCCGGAUGGAAUGAACCCGGGGUUCUAUCAACAUUUUUGGGAUGUGGUAGGGGGGGAUGUUGCGACUUUUGUCAUGGGAUGUCUUAACUCACGCAAUCUACCACCUAGCUUAAACAGUACAGAUAUUAUUUUGAUCCCAAAGAAAAAGACCCCUGAGCUAGUAACUGACUUGCGUCCUAUAGCCCUCAGUAAUGUGAUCUAUAGGAUUAUGGCAAAGAUGAUAACAAAUAGAAUGAAACCGCUGAUGGAAGGAGUCAUAUCGGAAUCGCAGAGUGCCUUUAUUCCAGAUAGGCUUAUAACUGAUAAUAUUUUGGUAGCAGCGGAGGUGGGUCAUUUUUUGAACAGGAAACAGUGUGGCAUGGUGGGGUGGAGUGCUUUGAAGCUUGAUAUGGCAAAGGCCUAUGACCGGAUGGAGUGGCCUUUCCUGGAAAAAAUGAUGUUGGCUUUGGGUUUUGAUGUUGGAUGGGUGCAGUUAAUCAUGAAUUGUGUAUCUACAGUCUCGUAUAAUUUAUUGGUGAAUGGCUCUAGGAGUGAACCUAUUUUACCCACACGUGGUUUAAGGCAGGGAGACCCAUUAUCUCCUUAUCUUUUUAUUAUUUGUGCAGAGGGCCUUUCUUUGUUAUUACAGCAGGCUCACAAUAGGGGUUUGAUCCAUGGAUGCAGAGUGGCAAGAGGUGCUCCCCCAAUCUCUCACUUGUUUUUCGCUGAUGAUAGCCUUCUGUUUUUUAAAGCCAAUGUUCAAGAGGCCAGUGAGAUCAAGAGGUGUCUAUCAGUCUAUGAGGAUUUAUCUGGGAAAGUGGUUAAUUACCACAAGUCAAGCAUAUGUUAUAGUAGGAACACGAGUAACGCAAGUAAGGAAGUGGUGGCGCAAGUUCUGGGAGUUGGCCAGGCUCCUAAUUUUGGCAAGUAUUUGGGACUCCCCUCAUUUGUAGGGAGAAACAAAAAGGCAGCUUUUGCAUAUAUAGAGGAUAAAAUCCGGCAAAGAAUUGGGUCAUGGAAUAAGAGGUUAUUAUCACAGGCAGCGAUUGAGAGGACUAUGAAUCGUUACUGGUGGGACUCUGGAACUGAUAGACGGAUACAUUGGAAGGCUUGGGACAAACUAUGUGUUCCUAAGAAAUAUGGGGGUUUGGGAUUCAAGGAAUUGCGUGCUUUUAACCUGGCUAUGUUGGGAAAACAGGCGUGGCGAAUGCUUACUAAACCUGAGUCCUUGGACGACCAAGACCCCAUGAUACAAACAGAGAUGCCAGUACAGUUACAGGAUGCUAAGGUGGUGGGAUUGAUUGAUCAACAAACACGGACUUGGGAUCUUUCAAUUUUAACUGAUCUUUUUCAUCCUAGUGAUGUGGCAAAUAUUCUUAAAAUACCAGUUUCUCCGGAUUAUGAUGAUACUUGGUAUUGGCCUGGGGACCCGAGAGGAGUUUAUUCUGUAAAGGGCGGAUACAGAUUAAUAGUUGGUAAUUAUGGGAAUGAGAAUGGGACCUUUACAAAGUGGUUAACCUUGUGGAAACUCAAAAUACCCCCAAAAUGGAGAAUGUUCCUAUGGAGAGCCAUUUGUGAUAUACUGCCUACCACUUCUAACUUGCUUAUAAAGAGGCAUCAAUCCUCUACAAUAUUUGGAGAGCACGGAACGGGGCGGUUUGGAAUGCUCUAUUACCACGGCCACAAUCUUUGUUGGCAGCAGCGAAUUCGGCAUUGCAUGCAUGGAGAAGGGCAAACCCGCCAGCAGUCCAAAACCACGUACCACUGCCUGCAACGCAAUCUCAACAUCUUGGCUCUCAUGCGCCACUCGGACCUCACGGUAUUGUACAGGAAGAGCCACCUCGGAGGCUAUGUCGCAUCGACGCGGGGUUUAUACACAAUACGGGCAAGGCUACGGUUGGGGCAAUCCUCGUAG